UGUGUUACUUUACCCAACAGCAUCACUGACACUGCACAGAUGGACCAUCAGGAGUGGAAACGCAUCUUUCAGACAGGGAUUAUCCAUCCACAUCACACUUGGCGUCUGGAAUUUACUGACGACCUUCUGUCUGCGAACGAGACAACAACUCAGUACAAGAGGACCACAAGUGCCUGGUUCACAUGCAGGAGAUGUGGGAGACCCUGGCCUUCCAACGAGGUGAAAGUGAUCUUCUACAUAAGGCACGCAGACGACCAGGGAACCGUCAUAGUGAAGGUGUUCGGCCAAAGCUGCAAGAACUGUGAAGAAGCUCCAAUGGAGACGCCUCAAAUCAGUUUGGAAAACAUCGAAAUCCUGAUGCAUGAGCUGGUGGAGAUGAUAAAAAUAUACUUUUACCAUGAAGAAGAUUCUGGGCGACGUUGGAAUCCCAUACGCCUUGUUAUCAACAGUACCCAUGAGCCGGAUCAUUGUGAGGGAUGCAAAAAUGGAAUGUGUGGAUGAUUAUGAUAAGUAUUCCUUUGUACUUAUAAAAGGUAAAAGAUCUCAUUCAACUCUGUCAAGCACUAAACUCUGUGUACAUGCAGCCUAUGCCUGUUUGAUUUGCUAGGUGCAUAUGUAUCUAUCUAAAAAAAAAAAAAAAAACUACAAUUUCUGAGCCUGGGAUAAAUAAAGUAUAUCUAUCUA